CACACACCCCCACACCCUCGAGUGAGAGCGUUUCUGGCAUCCCAGCUGCGGGAAGAGCUUCGACCAGUUACACGGACUGCCGGAAACAACUAAACGUCACGCCGUUCAUGGCUUGGGGGGGCAGGGUGGUGAGAGACCGGACACGUGUCCCCCAAGCGGACGGAUAAGACGCCGACUGGUUGCUGAACCUGGAGAGAGAGAGACGAGGAGGAGGCCCAAACCGGGCGGGGGGAGAGAGACGGUGCUCGUUUUGCGUGAGAGAGAGAGAGAGAGCGCGGAUGGUUUCGCCCCCACUGAUGAUAAAGCAGCCGGACUGUGCCGACCGGGAGCCGUUUGCCUGCACCGACUGCGCUGGGAGACUCCCCCCCGGGGGCGCCCCGGGCUGCGGGCUCCGCGGCGGGGGGAGGCCCUUCGCCUGCUCCGUGCGGGGGGAGGGGCUCGCCCGGCGGGUCCGCACCAGCGAGCGGCCCUUCGCCUGCCCCGAGUGCGGCGAGGCCUUCACCCGGGCCUCCAGCCUGAGGACCCACCGGCGGGCCCACACCGGCGAGCGGCCCUUCGCCUGCCCCGAGUGCGGGGAGCAGUUCACCCGGGCCUCCAGCCUGAGGACCCACCGGCGGGUCCACACCGGGGAGAGGCCCUUCACCUGCCCCGACUGCGGGAAGGGCUUCACCCGCUCGUCCCACCUGCUGCGGCACCGGCGGGUCCACACCGGGGAGCGGCCCUUCACCUGCUCCGAGUGCGGGAAGGGCUUCAGCCAGUCCUCCAACCUGACCACGCACCGGUACGUCCACGCGGCAGAGAGGCCCUUCACCUGCACCGCCUGCGGGAAGGGCUUCACCCGCUCCUCCCACCUGCUGUCCCACCGGCGGCUCCACGCCGACGAGAGGCCCUUCGCCUGCCCCGUGUGCGGGAAGGGGUUCACCCAGCCCUCCGCCCUGCAGACCCACCAGCGCACGCACACCGGGGAGAGGCCCUUCACCUGCCCAGUGUGCGGGAGGGGCUUCUCCCGCUCCUCCAACCUGCUGACGCACCAGCGGGUUCACACCGGGGAGAGGCCCUUCCCCUGCACCACCUGUGGCAAGAGAUUCACCCGCUCGUCCUACCUGCUGAAUCACCGGUGUGCUCACACGUGACUGGGCGGGGCGGGUAGGGGUGUUGUAUUCUGCUGUCACUGCUGCCGUUAAUCACAAUCCAGGACUAAUACUCUCCCAUCACUGGCCUGGGGUUUAGUAACCUGGAUACCCGUGUAAUAAAUCAGCUCCCUUUCAAACACUCAUUGCGUCGAGUUCCUUGAUGCCUCCGUGAUAAGAGGCGACUAGGUCACAAGAUCAUAAGCAAUAGGAAAAGGAGUCCCUGCCAUUCAGCCCAUCAAGCCUGCUCUGCCCUUCAAUGAGAUCAUGGCUGCUUUGAUCAUCACCUCGACUGCACUUUCCCGCUAGUCCCCCAUAACCCUUGACUCCCUUGUCGAUCAAAAACCUGUCUAACUCCGCCUUGAAUGUAUUCAAUGACUCUGCCUCCACUGCUCACUGGGCAAGAGAAUUCCAGAGGCUAAUGACCCACUG